GUUUUCGAACACAGCUGUACGAACACUUGCGGCAAGGCGUGUGGAUGGCAAAUGCUAUAAAUUUAUUCGACGCUCGCCCUCAGUGCGCAGUGUUUUAAUUGCCUUCGAACGAAAUGGCUGCUAAAUUCGCGUUUGUACUGCUCGCCGGCCUGCUCGCCUUCCAGGCGGUGUGCGCCGAGUCCUCGUCCGAGGACAGCAGCAGCGCCAGCAGCGAAGAGCAGAACCAGCUGGCCAACAGGUGGCCUUCCCUUGGACGCUUGUUCAGCUCCAACAACAGGAACACCCAGCAGCAGCAGCAGCAGCAGCAGCGGGGCAACCAGGGUAGGGGUGCCAGCUUCGGCUGGACCGCCAGCAGCGCCAGGAACGGCCAGCAGGAGCAGCAGGGCAGCAGCAAGAACGCCCCUCAGCAAGCCAGUCUGAGCGUCAACGUCAACGGCAGGAACGCCCAGCAGCAGCAGCAGGGCAGCAGCCGGAACCCUCAGCAAGCCAGUCUCAGCGUGAACGCCAAUGGCAGGAGCGGCCCCCAGCAGCAGCAGGGAGGAAACAAGAACGCGCAACUGCAGGUGCAGGGAGGUAACAGGAACGCCCCUCAGCAGCAGAAGCAGCAGCAGCAGCAGGGAGGCAACAGGGGCGCCCAGCUGCAGGUGCAGUCUAAGAACAGCCAACAGCAGGCUAAGCCACAGCAGGAGAAGAGCGUUGCCCAGCAGAAGAACUCUACCCUCACCGACGUGCUGACUCUCAAGAGCCUGCACUGCGCCAGCGCCAGCGCAAACAAGAUCAAUGAGGCCAGCCGCAAGAUCUCCGGCAACCUGAAGGGUCUGCUUCUGAUCCGCGCGUCCGAGGCCUCCAAGACUUCCGGCUCUUCCUCCUCCGACAUCAAGGAGGGCCCGUGGGCCGCCGCCCAGGCAGAGCUCGCCAUUGCCGCCCAGCUCGCCGAGAAGGCCUCCGCCAGCCUGGAGAAGCUCCUCCAGGGUGCUGAGUCCAGCGAAGAGUCCUCCUCUUCUUCCUCCUCCUCUUCCUCCUCUUCCAGCAGCUCCAGCAGCGAGGAGGCCAGCGAGCAGAAGUCCGAGGACGUAGACGUUGACGGCGACGUCGACAUCAGCGAGGACGCCUACUAUGAUUGGUAGAGAGUUGGAGUGUGGACCCACAUUGAUGCCUGGAGACACCUGCAGUCCCUCCUAUGACGUGAUUGCUGUCCCCUGGCAUUGGCACUUGAGAAAGGCACCGGUGCUUAGUAGUUCAUGAUACAGUAGUACACAAUGAGAGGUGCAAAACAACCAUCACUGUUAUCGGCAACCGGAAUAAAACAACAAAUUAUAAGGA